AUGAACCUCUGGCUUCCUGGCGGUGUGAUUUUGGCAGCUUUAGUGGCGCUGGUAUGCGUUAAACCUGGGCCAGAGAUUUUUGAGCAGGAGAUUGUCCUCAAUCAGCAGGCUAUGCGAUGUUUCCAGAUUAUUACUGACUAUAAACACUAUCCAUCUUGGGUGGACUCGGUAAAAUCGACUAAAAGCGACGUGGAGCCCUCCGCUGCUCUACCUGGAACGGAGUUCGAACUCAUCUUCGCUCGAAAUUAUAUCGGUAAGCCAAAGUAAUUGACACUGUGUGUUGCGCUGGGGAAUCUUGCUGAUUCUUUCGGAAAUUCAUAGGACUAUAGUAGUAAGGGAGUGCUUGAUCACCCAAUUUAUGCAAUUACUCGAAUGUAGAUCUGUGAAUGCAGGGCCAACCCGAUUUAUGAGGAUGAAAGUUAACCGUGCGAAGUUAACCAAACGACUUUACAGUCCACUGAGGACUCGAAUUGAAAAUUCUAAGAGGCUCAGUUUUUCAAAUAAUAAGUGGACGGUGGUGAUGUUUCCAAGGGCAGAUACCUGAAAAACAAUAAAUGAAAUAUUGGGUGUGCAAAGCUCAAAAAUACUAAACAGUUUUAAAACUCACAAGUACAUUUAAAUAUUUACCCAAGAGACCGCGGAACGUUAUGUUUAUUUAGCAUAACAGGCCAAACCGGAAACUUGCAGUUCACAGUCUAACAAAGUUCAACGCGGCCCAAUUUGUUGGCAGGCGUUUAAAAAAGCAGCAAUCCCAGAUGUCACAAAAUUACAUUUUUAUUUCAAUUAAAAUACGAAAAAUAAUUUCAGUACGAUACAUUAAUAAGUAGGUGGGCUCCCUACUGCUUAAAAUUUUUUAGGCCACAGAAUUUAAAUAGUACAUUUUCUCUUACCUAAAGAGAGGGUUGCAUAUGACAUUCAGUUAAAUGGAUUAAAGUUGGGAAUCUCACUUUGCAUGUUGUUGUGAUUUGCAUCACAUGCAUGGUGGAAUCAAAUCCACCAUCCAGGUUGCAACACAGGUGUUCGCCGGAUCCCAAGCCUCAAAGCGUUAAAUAGACCACAGGACUAGAACGUAGAAUCGAAGCUUGCCGUAUCCUUCCAAACAAUGUAGUAGUGUAAAAAGAAUACCUCCUUAGGGAAUCCAAUCGGUGUUGCAUGUCUGAAACGUUCAGCAGAAAUCAGAUGUGGGAGUUUUUAGUGAAAUAAGGGCAACUGCCUCAUCAUUGACUAGACGCCGCCACAGCUUCUGGGCUGGCCACUUUGCUUAUGUUCCCCAUUUUAUUGACUUGCAAAUGAGGUCUGUUCGUUAAAGAUGGAAUGGGCGCACUUUUUGGAGCGAUUCUAAAAAAAUGAACAUAUGUUGUCACUGCAUCCGGCCACAAUAGCUGAGGCCUAUAGAAAACGCUCGUGCCGGCUGCGUUCAUGCUCAGAGUGUUCGUUAUCUACUUGGGCAGACACGGGAAUGCAUAUUCUCGUGUUACAUAUGACCUUACUCAAGAUUCCAGAGGGCACGUAUUCCACCGUUUCAACCCUAACCCUCUCUCCGUCUUAGAGUUUAAAGCCCGUUCACCCCUAGAACCGGGGACACGUGUUCCUAUUCCCUGUCGCUUUGAUUACUAAACGGCGCGACCUAUGGCAUUCUUUUAGCCUUGAACGUUACAGUUGCCCAUGUCUUGUGUAUCGAACUACAGUACGUGUGCUAAAUCAUAAAAUGUCGACCGAAAUUCCGAAAUGUGUUUCCGUUUCGAAAUAAAUAAUUAAGUAGGGUUGUACAACUAAUCAUCGUGCAGCAAAGUUCUAUAAUAAUUCAGUUACCUCAGCAUGCCGGCUUUUAAACUAACUUCUUUUCGGCCGCAUACAAAACCAAUACUUCACAAAAAACGAUUGCUUGAGUAGCAUGCAUUUUUAUCAUUAAUCUUCGAUGCCCUUAAAUUUUCAAUUAUAUUUCAUGGUUGACAUGCAUAAAAAUACUUAUUAUUUUGCUAAUUCGGUAGAAAAUUAAGUCGUCUUCCAAUGUCAUGCUCGAAGGAUGGAUAUAAAUCGGUUUUAAAAGGCUUCUAAUUAUGAGAUUUCUUAAUACCCUGAGUUGGCCGUUCAUAAAACGCCAUGUUUCUGCAUUUACUAAUAUGGCUUGUAAAGUUAACAAAAUGGCUCAAAUCCACUGUUAAAUGUUAUAAACCCCAUAUAGUCUCCUCUUAAUACGGUAGUGAAAUGUAAGGAUUUCCGUAAGCGGGAAGUAUACGGUUUGCAAUUUGGAAACCCUUAAAUGCAAGUGUAACGGUAGGCGGGAUUCAAAAUUAUUCGGGAAUUGGAAAAGUUUUUGAAAACCGAAUUAUACCCUUCCUUCGAGUAUAAAAUUAGAAGAAGACGUCAGUUUCUGCCGAAUGAUCAAAAGAGUAAAUACUUUCAUGUAUGCUUUUCAUGAAAUAUGAUUGGAUUUUUAAAAGCACUGAUAAUCAACGAGAAAAAUGCAUGCUAGCCAAGUAGUCAUUCUUUGCAGAGUAUAGUUUUUGCAAUCAGCCGGUUAGAAGUUCGUUCGAAGGCCGGCGUGCUGGGGUAACUGAAUUAGUAUAGAUGUAUGUUGUUUGAUGCUUAAUUUCAUAGUCCUAUUUAAUUAACCUUUUCGAAACGAAAACGCAUUUCGGACUUUCGGUUUACAUUUCGUGAGUAACCCCACCUACUGUACUUCCGUGUGGUCUCCGUGAAAUAAAUGUACAGACACGCAUGUUGGGUGGGUAGAAUGAAUUAUUCGAACAGCUGGUGGACGUGGCUGUCGUUUCAGUGGCCGACAUCCAAGUAAAAGUCCCGCAGCAAGUGGUUGUCCGGCUGCGGGGUUUCUCUGUUUCCUCCAGGUUUCAGCGAAGAACAGCCAACUAUUUCCCCAUAAACUCACCUCGUGCUUUAAACGCCGUAUUUGUAAGUCGUCAAAAAGCUUGAAAGAAUCGCUGAAAGAUAAUCUGCUUCUCUUGGAUGAAUUUUGUUGGACGGUGGCUACAAUGAAGGCUACUGCUCCAGGGAAUGAGGACCUAAACGACAUAAAAUGGUGCACACCGCAUGCACUUAAUGAGUAAGAUGCAGCCGCUGUUUGCAUACGAUGCGAAGACCCAAUCUUGUGGUGACUUUACGAAGCAAUUUCCUUUGAAUACUUUAACUUCUAUCGACCAUAGAACCACCGCUAACGCCAAUAUCAUUAUUAUUAAAGUUAUUCUUGUUAUUACUAUUGUCGUCAUUAUCAUCAGCAGCAACUGCAGGAGCAGCAGCAUCCCCGCCAGUUCCGCCGCCAUUUCCGACGAUAUGCAUCAAAUGUUUUUGCUAGCAAUAAUUCAAAGUGAGUCCGGAUGGACUAAAAUGGGAAUUUUGACGCACAAAAGUCAAUCGAAAAUUUACUUAAAUCUGAGUGAACAAUACAAAAUUGAUCGUGAUUCUUUCGUGAAGUCAACGACUAACACAUUGAAUUAUUGUGAAGUUUACUCAGCACUAGCCCUACAUUAUUAAACCAAACUCGCUGAAUUGCUUAAAGCCCUACGCACGGUCGCGUUAACCGCUCUUUCAAGAGCAUUAUCCUGCGGAAAGUGUAACCAUGGGUUGCUUUCUACUCCCUUUUCUCCUUUUUAAAAACAAAGAAAAUUUACCGAGCUUUUUGAGGAAGUUAUGACCCUUUCCGGGUAAAUUUUAGUCGUCAUUUUUAAUAAUGACCAGUAAUGCAAUCGGAAAGAACCAGGGCUGGUAGUUGAUGUCGGGGCUCCUUCCAAAAAACCGAGGUUUCCAAGUCGCUUACUUUUUCAAUGGGCAAGGAAUGCUCUCUUUUUAUUCUUCUGUGAGAAAUGUUUAUGUUAACGCCACAGAAACUUGUCUUGUGUUGCUUGCCGCUGAUAACGUCCCAAUGCCCCAGUUUUUCUUUCAUUUUAGAUCCCAAUCGCAUGACUGCACAUAUAAAGGAAAUUGUUGAAGGAAUGCGAUUUAGUUUUACCCUCGAUGACUUCCUCAAAUCUGAACUCAAUUUUACGGUCAAAAGUCUGCCGAAGGGAGCCUGCAAGAUCACUGUUAAAAUGUCAUCAGGAUCAAGUAACCUUAUAAAUAAUGUAAGCAGCGUUACUUCUCAUUUAUGCUUAUUAUUGAGAUAGCACUGAAAGUUGACUUCCAUUUUUCAACAUUAACGAGUCUAAUGGAGAGCGCUGCUAAAAUUAAGAACCCCAUGAAAAAAGGUUGCACAUUUAAUGAAGGCAAUGUAGAUAAUUGUAGGUUUUUGCUUAUAUAUUAUCGGGAUUGUAUGGUAAUAUGCUUUAAGACAGAACAUGAAAUUUAAAAAAUACCAAAAAUAACCCACUGCAAAGGGAUAAGAUAGGGUAAUCAUGAUUUUCCAAGCAGGAUGGGCAGUUUAUGGUCUAGUUUCGAGGUCAGAUCCCAGGGUUAAUGCAUGAUGGGGAUGUGUUUACCUGUCGUCGCAAUAAAGCGACGUGGUAGGAUGCGGGCAGCUAUAUGUUGAUCUUAGCACAGGCCAAAGUAGUUGGAAGACUUAUAUGGACGUCUUUGGCAAACAGAAGAGUGCGUUGGCUAAUUGCAUGCACACUCCCUCCGUUGCCGCUAGUAUCUGCUAGCGCAGGAGUAUGAAGUACCUCAACGGCACCAUGUGGAGGUCUUAAAUGCUUACCUUAUGCCUAUUCAGUAACCGAGGAAAACCAGAUAGGGCUCCAAAAAAAUGUUGAUUUUUACUUGAAAAAACGCCCUUUUAACUAAGUCGGCCCUGGCGCCAACCAUAGUUGCAGCUGAUUGGGAUGUUAGGCACUUGCCGCUCAGGAAAUAUUAAACUAGUUUACCUUAAUUAAUGAGUCACAGGUGGUUCUCUGCCCUGUGAGCGGUUAAGAAAUGUAAAGAAGGUCUUCACGAGAAAACAACGAAAGGAAAUUUCGUACGUUGUGUCCGAUAAUGUUUUACAAAUGUGCCUGUAACAUCGUAGAAAUUACUGUGCUUCGAUGAUGGUUUAGAGGCUUUUAUUUAAGCAUUCAACCCCUGCCUGUUGCGAAAUUAUGCCCUUCGUAACGCGUGUAAGAGUUUCAGUUUUUUAAUUUGGAAAAAAUUACAAUUUAUACCACAAUUCGGGAAUCUUUCACGUCAUUUUUGGUGCAAAGGUUUGGUUUAUGCGACUUAAGGUAAUACUGGAUGCCUAGCUUGGCCACCUGCAAAUCAAUACGUUCCUUCUUGUUUUGAAUGCAAGUGCUACGUAACUGUUCACAUAGCAUUUGCAGGGAAUAAGGCAAUAUAUCGAAAGCACUAAGUACAAACUCGCUUUUAGAGACAAGAACGCAGUUUGAUUACCUUUGAGUAGUCGUCAUCCUCAACAAAUUAUUACCCAAAGUCCUACGGCUCUUCCCCCUACCACUGGCAUCUUGGACACUGCGACACCAGAAAUCGUUGUGGCAUUGCCUCUAAUCCUUUAGGGGACUGGGGUCUCAUGGGCGUUGCAUGCACUGCUCUGUCCUGACGGCAGAACAGAAGGGUAAUUUCGUUUUAUUUUGUAGCUGAGGCAGUCACAAAGCGAGUAACAGUAAUCUAGAUGCUAUACCGACGGAAAUAGGGGCACGAAUACCGUCAUUUCUGUCUUAUUUGCCCUAAGCAGCAAAUGGUUGAUUAUUUUUGUUCCGUAUCAAGGAUAGGUUGACUCACGCCGAGAUUAAACAAUUGGAUCUUGCGAUCAGCGACAUGAUGCAAACCUGUUUUGUCAUGAUGACGGUGUCAUUCCGCUUUGUAUUGAACUUCUGGUCUCGAGUCCUUUUGAGUGGCUGAGUCUCAAAGUGCACUCGACAGCAGGAACGUCUGUUUCGAUAGUGAAUGGAGAUAGGUCAGAACUAGUCGUUUCGACCUCUCUUAACUUCUUCGGUGGAACUUCUGAAUCCAUUGAUUUAAAGAGCAUUUCAGAAUGCCCGAGCGUCAAAGAGACAGAAAUAUACGAUCCACGAACGAAGGCAUGUGAGGAGCAAACAUGCAACUGCUAGAUAAAUAUAUAGGACGACACUUGAUCAGUUUUUAAACACAAACAUCCAGAAUAAAUAGAAUGCAAGAUUACGAUGUCUAAUGGGGUAAAGAAGGUCAGCAAUUACAAAUGAAGAUCUUGUUUAUAAUACGUAUCAGUGCGUCUUUUGGAAGGAAUAACUUUGUCCAGGGUCUUUUUGGCUGAUUAUGUUUUACGACUGAGAAGCACCACAAAUCAACAAGUAAUCUACUUCUCCUUUGAAAGACAGAGUUUUCUAUUUUGUUAUCCCACAAAUAUACAAGAAUGCCUUUCAUUAUGGCCGACAGAAGCCUAUGCACUAUGACAUAUGCACAUUUUGGCGAAAUCACAAAAUAUCUCCGACGUUUCCGAAUUAUGUUGAAUGAUUCACAAUAGCUAGAGAUCUUGUAAUCAGCCCCCAUUCAGCCGUUUCAAGACAGUGUUGGCUCAAGGCUUUUUUCGCUAACUUCGUGCGUCCUGUCCUUUCAUACUUGCGAGAAUAGGAUGUGUAAUAAAUUUACGUAAUGAUUCGCGUAAAUCAGAAACGCAAUUUUAUUGUACUAAACAUUUCAUAUGUUUGGUGAUUUCAUAGUAUCAAAUGAGCUUAAUUAGGAGGGAUUUCGGGCAAGUAUGAACGCAGCAAAUGUGUGUUGCGUGACGCGAAUUAAUCACUGUCAAGCACUCUAAUUUAUUCCUCCAACUGGCAAACACAAGUGUGGUAGCUAAACGGUGGCUCCAAUUUGGGCACUAUGGUUUGAUCUCGCAGUAUAAACAUGUAACUGUGUAAAGUUAAGCGAUUCCCAAGCAAUGCCUGAAAUAUAUAUUCCAGGUAACAAAUUGCAACUCAAUCUCUGGUUAAUGUCUCACCUUUGGUUAGUGAAUCGGCCUAGAAGGUCUAUGCCUUCACUCAUUUCCGUCGCAAUACGGAUUUUUAACUCAGGCGCGAUAGCAGUGCAGUCAAAAAAAUCGUUUUCGGAUCAUAUAACCGGUAAUUGCAGUUGCGUGUCGCCUAGGAAUCGCACGGAUCUAUAAAGCAUUGCGAAAUGUUUAACGGCAGAAACAAACGAGCAAUGUUUUGGGCGCAGAUUCAAAUGAUUAGACUAAUUAGACAUACCAUGUUUAAGGGAAAUGCUAAUUUAAACCUGCACUGGUUUUUAACUUCUCGGUCUGAGCCUAUAGACCUUGAAUAAACUGAUCCACUUCAACUUCGUAGACAAGUUCUGAGGAAAUUAACAAGCGACAAUUUCUAAAGUUGAGUAACCGCAAGAAAACACACGGGGAAUGCUGUGGGACCCAAUGACGAGCCGAACCCCUCGCAGCUGCGCCAUGCAGCGGCAAAAUAUCGGCGAUACACGCGUAUACGGGCUUUUGGCUAGUACCUGUGCUGUUAUUAUGGUAUCAACUUACCCUAGCGUAUACUACUAGCUGUCUGUCGACAGUCAGUGAAUAUUACGCGGUCACCCCUGUGGCUGAUGGGCUUUGGUCCAAAUAUUCAUGCAUGAAAUUCUCGGUCUGAGCCUAUAGACCUUGAAUAAACACAUCUACUCCAACUUUUUAGAUAAUUUCUGAGGAAAUUAAAAAGCGACAACUUCCGCUAUUUUAAGCAAGGUCCUCAUGGAAUCGAAGUUGACGUGGAUAGACCAACCAAAAUAUUACGUAUAUUCGAACCUAAUCUAAACAUGCGUAUGCACUAAAAUCCGACGUUCUAUCUAUACUGCUUCGUGAUGCGCUCGGUGCAGAACUAUAGGAUCGCAGCAAGUUCGUUGGAUGAUUAAAUUGAUUCGCAAUUCGAUACAGAUAAAAUAAGAAGGUAGGGGUAAAAUGAAAAAAAUCACUCAGGAUUGAAGCGGGAGGGGUUAGAAGUAUUUAACCCUCUGUAAAAUAAUACUUAUUUGCCGUUUAUUUGUCAGCAUUAUUUGGCUAAAUAUUGUUUCCUUAAUAGAUACUCACUCACUGCAGUAAAAUGUAAGACGCAGCCAUUCAAAUACAGUCAGUUUCUAUGCAUCGAUGUUUAUUACGUAUAUGCACCGUAAAUGUGGAACUUGCAUAUAUUAUCGUAGCAGGCAUAUUUUCACCCGUUUCAAGUAGCUUAAAGGAAGCAAAAAGCUCGUUCUUGGUCACCAGUACUCUGGUGUAUUUGGAGGCACAGCUAAAGUUGUUUGUUUUGUUCGCACUCUGCAAAAAAACUAAAAUGCAUAAUAAAUAGUAACGGAGAGGGGAAAAUGGCCAAAAAUAUGCCUACUUAUCCGCAUAUGUUAUGCAGUAAUUUGUUGCCUGAAUAAUGAGAAAGCUAAAUACUUUAGGGAAAUGUUAUGUUCACUAUGAAAGGCCGACGAACACAAGGUAUGCUUUAGUCCAGACAAACUUUGACUAUUUGAACAAGGCGAAGGCGACAAAGCAUGCAGAAUUUAAUGACGUCAUAAAUUUCGGGACCUCUCAUUCAGCUGCGUACGGUCAUUAAAUUCUGCAUGCUUUGUCGCCUUCGCCUUGUUCAAAUUUAUCCCGGGAAACCACUGCUUCAAACUUUGACUAGUCAUUUUCAUGAAACAGAUCAGACCUUUUGCUUAUUGUAGGGCGUGCUAAAGAAACUGUAACGUUAAAAAUACCACACCAGUAGUUUCCUGACUCAACAUCCUAGUGUGAAUUAUUGGACCCAUUUUUGAACAUGCAUAGAAAAAUUAUUUUUGUUGUUGAUUGCUUUUAGUUACCGCACCAUCUCAACUGUUUCCUGAUGUUUGAAAGUUAGAAUACCCUUUGCAGCAUAUACACCUAUCCUUUAAAAUCCAGAACCGUAAAACAGUAUUUUGGACCUUAACCUGUUAUAAGGGAUUGUCCGCAUUGUUUAUUAAGUUAUAUAUCAUGUUUUUAUUCUAUUAUCCUUGAAAGAGCUGUACGCUUGUCCGUAUUUAAAGUCUUCAUCUAAAAGGUGACCUUGCAGACUCUUAGUAAAUGCUGACAUAUCUUUACGUCAAACUCAAAACCUUGUGUGGUUUUUUGUGAAUGAUUAUGAAGAUGCGUAAUUAAGCCACUAAAACGGGCCAAGCGGUUGAUGCGCUGGACCAGCAAUGGGUUAGAUCGGGGUCCAGUGGGCCUCAUUGGGAAUGCACAUACAUAAAAAAGCCAACAUUGGAGAUGCGGCAGCACGUCCAAAUGCAGACCCACGCCGCGUCCUUUUAAUUGUUGCAGCAGAUCUUGGCCAGUUUUAUUUUGUCUACCAUUGGUUGUGGUGGUACGCCUCAGUGGGGGUCUUCUCGACUCUCUGAUGACACCGGGUCCAGGUGUGGGGAUGGGAGAGAGUGCGGUGAAGGCCGCAUAAGUCUGUUAUUACUAUGAAGGAAUUCUCCCGUACGUCACCGUCCUAGCUCCCAUCCUGCUGUGGAGAGCACACGGUGGACAUCUCUGGAAACGACGAUCAAACUGUUGAGGUGUGUAGUCACGCAGACCCUGUAGGGCUCCGAAUGUAACCGCGGACAGCAUGCUGAACCGGUCGUCAAAGUAUUAACCAUUUCCACCGGUUCAGAUUAAACGAUCUUAAUCCUAAUAUCCUCCAUGUUAUAUCCAGCGCCUUCUGCUUAGAUGUGGUCAUCAGAAAAGCUGACAAUUCCUUACCAUGCAAUUCAGCUUUCACCAUUUAAAGUAGAUAUGUUUUUCUUCGUUAUCGGACUUUCCAAAGGACGUAUUUGAAACUAACAGGUAGAAAGAACAGAUCCGAAAUCUGAAGAGGGGUUAUAUGUAUAUGAUUUUGCGCACUGGUGCUGCGUUCCUGUCCUCACAGCAUUAUUCCUGUGGAGUUUUGGUCUGUUUUGUUUUUAUUUAUGUUAUUCACACUGUUGAAAUGAUUUUCUUAUUUUAAAGAGCCAAAAAAUCAGAUUUGUCAUUUCAAAUUGCUCUUCAAGCAAUCCUUUAUACAAGCACAGUUCAUGAACUUAAAUUUUUUUGAAGAAUAUCUCCAUCACUUAGAAGAUAAUUUGGCCAAAACAUCUAGAUAUGGCCGAUUGUUAAAGGGCACACAUCAAAUAUUGUCUGCGGUUCACCAUCCGUUGGGUAUUUUUCCAUUGUCUGCAAGUUGCAACGAGAAACUGUGACAAUUGUUUAAGUAGUCUGCGUUGCCAUAACAACGUUUGUUCAAAGACCUGCAGAAAUAGGGACAGUUUCUGCCGCAUUAAUUUUUUACUACCCCAUGGGAAACUCUGUCCACUGGGAAUUAUUUAAAACAUCACGCAAUAUUAUUUUGGUGACCGGUGCGUUUGUAAUUCGCACGUCAAUUUUCAAUCCGGCAAAGAUCUCUCCGCGCAAUUAAUUUUCACCGUGAGAAAUUUAUUCAAUAAGGGAAGGUUUAAUUUGGUCCGACGAGAUAAAAAUAAUUGUUUUUUUUCUAAUCCGACGACAUGUAAUUUCAUGUGCUGGAGACGAUUUCCAUUUGCAAUGUUUUGCAGAAUUAAUUUACUUCCUUAGGUUUCUUAAGUGCCCAUACCAUAUAUGGAAACUUUUCAGUUUUGCCUUUGUUUAGGCAAAACAUUAGUCCACAUUUCAUCAAAACUAAAGGAAAAACAUGGUAACUGGAGCACAAAGACCAAAACAAAUGGUAUUUUAGAUGUUUUUAUAACUUUGGAUAUGCUAUUCAAACCAACAACUGUUCCUAAGAUUCUUUUAAAGCAUUCUAAACCAGAGUUUGUAUACCAUUGUUUUAUUAAUGUAUAAAGCUAUUACUUACACCUGUUUCUCGCGAACCAUUUGAGAUGUUACGGAUAGAUAGGAAUCUUGGCUGAGAAAAAAGCCUUGCGACCAACUACUCAAUUUUGAAUUUAUGUUUUUGUCAUAUUUAGUAACAUCGCUGUCUUUACUACUGACUACUACAUUACUUCUAGGUCAUUCUCAGCAUUUAAGUCUAAUAAGUCAUCUCUGAUGUUAAGGAUGGUAAGAGGUUUCCAUUGGGCAACAGCUGUGGUGACAUCCCAGAAAUGGCAGUGGUAGAUAUGCACAAUGUACAAUUAUUACAAAUAAAGGAGCUAUGCAGAUGGAUAUACUACUACCUACUAGAGGUUAUCCACCCCUUUUCCAAAUUACGGUGACAUAAAACUACAAUUUCAAACUGCGCGGUGGUAAAUGGAUAAAAUAGCCAACUCUUGCAAAAUAUUGGAAGCUAAUGAACAGAAAACCCAAACCUGCUAUCCAACCCUAAGUCUUACGUCAAUCGUUAACUAGCCAAAUUUAGCAGAAUUUUUAGGGAAAUGAAACCAAAUGUUCCUACCCAAAUCUAAUGUCCCGAUUACGCUGAUAGUUGUGCACUCUAUGCACUCUUGUAAGGAACUUUUUGUCAAAGAUGGAUGAACAAAGCUACGCUUUUUUAAAAUGGGUUGUUCAUUUGCGCAUGUAUUUAAACAUCCCACAAGCUACGCACUUGGUUUUGACGAUAGCUCCCAUACUGCAUAAAUGUCUGUCUAAAUACUAUGAAAGAUUUAUAAUUGAAAUCAUUUUUUAUCAGGGUGUGUGAUGCUUAGUUGGAUGCGAAUAUGCAUUCGAAUGUUUGGUCAUUGAGCGCAUUUAAGCUCUCUGUGGUUUACAUCUAAACUGUUAUCGUUUUUUAAUUUGGCUGGUCCUCUCUGUGAUAAAAAUAAAGCAUUCUGUAUUUGGCAAACCUAUUUUGAGCUGGUCGAAAUAAACUCGGGAGCUUCUUGGGUUAACUUCACCAUAACCUUGUGUGAUGAUUUCUUUUCUGUUGCCUACGUCAGAGGACGAAGAUUAAUAAAAUUUGUUUGUUUAUGCCUUGUUGUGAGCCUGUAUUAUUGAUCAUCUUUGUUUCUGUAACAGUCGUACCAACGCACAUAGCGUAUUUGAUACAAUGUUGUCCCGGAAAUGGGUUUAUUUUGGUUAGCCUAGACGCACUGCUAAGCAGCUUUAAAGGCUCCCAUUUUUGGAGGCCAAAUUUAUCUUCGGUGUACAUCAACGGUUGAGCCCUUUACCAGACAACUGGUCUACUUAUAAAAGCCUUAUGAUGGAGGGUUAAAACCGCGUUGCUUCUUGUUUGCCGCGCAGCCAUUCCGGUCUGAGAGAAAGUAUUUACGCGGAAAAGCUUCUGAAAUAUUCCAGUUUCGCAAAGUUUUCAACAAAAUAUUACCUGCAUUGCGUUGUGCUGAAAACAUAACCGCCAUUUCUGCAAUGACAUCAGAACCCAAAGAUGUACAGAACUACUCCUUCUAAUCACAUUUCUGGCAAACACACUUCACCUCUUCGAGAACGUCGUUUAAAAUAACCACUUUUACAGGCCUUCAUCAGUGAUUAUUUGACGUAAUAAAUAAAGUGACGAUCAAAUAGUUACGUUUUGGGAUUCCAGAAGUUGCAGUAGGCUGAGCGAGUAACUUGACCUUAAUGCAAUUAAACUCACGUCAUUCAGUGGGGUGGCCAGGUGGCCAAAGCAUUGGCUGUACUAAAGCUUCCUCUUGCUGUCGUGAGUUCAAAUCCCACCGAGGGGCCAAGUUUUUUACAGUCGGGUCAAUAUAACAUUAUUUGUCACCUAUUGUCUUUUGAUCGCAACUUGCGUCACAAGUGUAAUCAUUUCAAACAGAUUGAUCUCGACCCCGCUAUACUACGUACCAGACUCGCGUAAAAAUCAUCCGGGAACCAGUUGUUUGGUGAGUGAGGACUAUUGUUUUUCCUUCUCUAAGUUGGCAAGUUCAUCUAUUAACUUCCGAAACCUAAGCGUUGGUGACUACAACUCAACUCAUAAGGCGCUGGGACAGCGAUAAUGUGCAGGACCUGCCACCAACUUGAGCUGGCCAGUGGACCAUGCCAUAGGUUGGAUGAUGGUGGAGGGGUUUUACGGGCGCGACAACUCACAGGACGGAGAGCAAGAAGACACUGAAAACAUAUAAAUUUCCUUGAAAGUCUCCUACCUUACGCUGUCCUUUAGCAAAGAAAGUGGGCGAUAAUAAAAAAAUUAGCAGAAGGCAAUUGUCAAAAAAUAACGGACUUUAAAUAAAGCAUUGGUGGUAAGUUUAUAUUUAGCCGAGAAGGGAAGGAAAUUUGAAACAAUGGGAACAGUAAAUUAUAAGUGAUGUCUACAGUCACACUGGAUUUUAAGGUAUAUUUUUGGAGUUCCCGUCUACUUGGGGACUCUACAUCCUAUCGUUACCGGCGCUGAUUGUGUAUAUCGUUUCCAUCUAAAUGAUGGUUAAUAUCGACAAGCAGGACCUUGGUUACCAUCGUUCCUUUCGUCCAGAGCGACAACAUGUGAGUCUGAAAGUUCAAAACACCAACUUUUUUCCGUUGAAUGAAGAUGCAGAUGGUUUCAGAAUGCAGAUAAGUUUAUGUGGUAAAUUUAAAAACAGUCAAAGGGUGCUUUCGCGUAUCUAGUUAUCGUCAUGGGCAAAAGGGAGCCCACAACUCAUCUUCAUAGACAUUGGCAACGUGAACGGCGAGCGCACCCAUCGUCUUCCAAGAUGAGUUGCACAGACGGGAGCCCUCCGGUCAUUCGACCCGGCUUGCUGAGCUCGCGAAGCAAAUUGUCAAAGUGAAAAUAGAACGCCUUUCUAUAUUUUUUUUCUGCUGCUCCAGGAAGAGCUCUUACCGCCUGCUGCCUACUACAUAAGAUCGCUUGUUUUUGCCAUUUUUUUCAGAAUUUAAUUAUACCGACAAUCCGAAUGUAUCUCUACAACUGGAUGUUCAAAUCAAUGAUGGCCUUGAAGUCGAUGCUACACGUCAGAGACUGA